UAUGAGAAGCCGCCAUGGGCGGGAGUCCCACCAGCAGACAAGUUUCCUUACUUCCUCGAGGUCCUGAAGAACGGAACCAUUGUUGAGAAGAUCGACUUGCAGAACAAAGACGCGUUCCUGGUCGGCAGGAACGCAGACGUGUGCGAUGUUGUGCUGGACCACCCUUCCAUCUCUCGACAGCAUGCUGUGAUCCAGCUCAAGGAAGAUGGAGAAGCGUUCAUAUACGACAUGAGCACUCACGGGACGAGGAUCAACAAGAAGCAGCUGAAGACGCAGGUGUAUGCCAAGAUCGGGGUAGGAGACGUGAUGCAGUUCGGA